CAUACUUUUAAAUUGUGGCAUAACUAAAGAUACAAUUAAUGCAAAUGCUACAUUUAAUGAAAUUGUAUCCAAUAAAUGGCCCAAUUGGCACCUCUUUUUUACCGAUGCCUCAAAAAUGUCCGAUAUGUCAUGUGUGGGAGUCGCUGUUUGGUACCCUCAAUCCAGCAUUAUUCUUCAGUUUAAGUGCCCCCCUUUAUCUACUGUCUACACUGGUGAAGCUACAGGCAUUCUCGAAGCCCUCAAUUUCAUUAACUCUCACAACCUUGAUAAAGCGGUUAUAUUUUCCGACUCAUUAAGCUGCCUCCAAGCCCUUCUAUCUAAUCCUUUUCGAUCUAAAUCCUGUCACCCCUUGAUUUUAAGAAUACGUGUGGUUCUCCUAAAUUGCCUCAACAAGGGUCUCCACAUUGAAAUCACUUACAUACCAGGUCAUACUGGUAUAGGGGGUAAUGAGAUGGCUGACUCUUUGGCUAAGUCUGCUACGCAAGUGGGUUGCAAUACUCACUUCAGUAAUUAUAGUCAAGACCUUGUUCCACUAUCAAAAUUGCGCUUGGAUGGGAAGUGGCUGAAUCUUUGGCAAGAGUCCAGCCGCACAAAAGGUAAAUUCUAUUGGGAUAUUCAGCCUACUAUUCCACACAAACCGUGGUUUUUCCGUUUUCGCAAAUUUGACAAACUAGUAACAUCCACUAUCUGUCGACUCCGCUUCGGCCAUGCUUGUACUCCUGUCCACCUGGCGAAAAUUAGAGUACGUGAUCACUCUAUUUGUGAGUGUGGAUUGGAUGAAGCCGCUCCAAGUUGAUCAAAAUUUCUGCAUUUUCCCACUCAGUUCCAAAUGUUAAAUGUCACAACCGAACAAGUCUAACUGGCUGAAAUUUGAGUCCUGUCUCUCCCAUAUAUACUGGACAUUGGCGAAGUCCCUUUUUAUUGGGUGGAGCCAUUAAUUAAGAGAAGAAGAAGAAGAAGAACU